UCCUUCCCUCUCUCAACACCCCACCAUCCAAUCCCCUCCAAAUACACUCCUAUCCCCAAGACCAAGAGCAUAUUCAUUUAACAGCAAGAACAAGCAUCAACUUGCCUGAGUGAGCGGCUGUUGAGAGAGCAGACACAGAAAGGAAUGGCUUCCACUUCUGCAGUAUCCAUGGCAUUGCCGUUGGCCCGUGCUGGCCAAAAGAGGCAACCAAGUGCCGAUGCCUUCCUCAAGCCGUUACCCGUCAGGCCAUCCAAGGUUGUGUCGAAGCCAGUUGGGAAGUUUGAAGUCAAGGCCUCGUUGAAGGAGAAGGUCGUCACUGGAUUGACAGCCGCCGCAUUGACGGCUUCCAUGGUCGUCCCCGACGUGGCUGAGGCGGCCGUCUCUCCGUCUCUGAAGAACUUCUUGCUCAGCAUCGCGGCCGGAGGUGUUGUGCUGACAGCCAUUGUUGGAGCUGUGAUUGGUGUGGCCAACUUUGAUCCUGUCAAGCGGAGCUGAGAAGAUUUGCUUUUUGUGUUCGAUGUGUUUCCAUAUGUGUAUCUAUGAAAUUUGUCAAUGUCAUCAUCAUUACUUUUGGUGAAAAAAGAGUAAUUGUUGUUUCUCUUA